GCAACGCGCAGCGCUACCUCAGUGCGGUUCCGGUGCCGCUGUACACGUCGAGACGUCCUCUCCCCUGGUGACGAAAACUCUCAUGACCCACAAAAGCGAAGACAGAUUUAUAUUCCGACGUUUUCUUUCUCCGCACCGAGCGGCGCCGGGAACACCCGCAGAAGUGCCCCCCCCCCCCCCGUUGCCUCGGCUUCUAAAUGGGUGAAUCGGGGUCACGCCGCUCCACACUUGUGUCCCGCCUGCCGAUCUUCCGCCGCAGCAGCAGCAAGCGGCAGGACUCCCUCCCCUCCUCUCCGUCGUCAGGCGGGCAGAGCAAUGGCGUCCACACCUCUUCGCCCUCCAGCACCAACUCCAGCUCCGGCAGUACCGGGAAACGCCGGAGCCUUUUCCGAGCCCCCUCCCUCAGUUUCUCGGCGAAACGGAACAGUGAUCCACGCGCCCAUCCCAUCAACCUGAACCUCACCCCCCCGCUGACGCAGAGCACCGACGCGAAUGGGAAUAGCCAGCAGACGGGAACAGGAGUCAGCGAGGGUGUCGGGCGGCCCAAGUCCCGCCACUCGUUUGGGUUCGGCAGCCACAAGCAGAAGAAGAUCACGCGCUCUCAGACCGAGGAUUUUGAAAAAGUGUCCUCUUCCUCCUCCACAGCCAACCGGAAUGUGUUCAUUAAGUGCAUCAGCGGCUCGGGGGCCAACGAGGGCGACGACUCUGGGUUCCUCGACGACUACAGCGGCGGGGGGGGCAAUCACGCCAAGCGGUCGUCACGGAAGAAGCAGCUGCUGCCCAAGUCGUUCUCAGCUCACCACCGCUUCUCCCGGACCUCGGAUCACCACAGACCUCCAGAAGUGACUCUGGAACCCCCGAGCGCCACCAUUAUAGCUCCUCCGGGGCCAGGGGUGGUCACCCCAGGGUCGUGGUCAGGAGAGUUGCCGGGUGCCGGGGGUGAAAGCUCGCUCCAGUCCCCGAUGGUAUCAGAAGACCAGACCACAGCCAUCACCCCGUCAGAGUUCAUCCCCAUCACAGAGGACUCUGCAUCCGAGGUGGAUGCCCUGCCAACCCCCAGCCCCGGACCGGGUUUCCACCCAGGGUCUUCCUCCGUGCCUCUGCUGCCUGUUGACACGGCUCCUCCGCCUGAACCCCCACCUGCUCCCGAGAGCUUCAGCGUGGCUGCCUCCACCUCCCAGGUUUUCUUCACUGCAGCCCAGUCCAGCGGCGAGAAACUUUUAAUCCCCGACACCAGCACAGCGAACAACACCGACUACGAGACGGCCAUUUCCCUCUCGGAGCCCGAGACGGCGGCGCCCUGCCUGCCUCUGCGGGAACAAUCACUGGAAGAGAGGCAGGAAAGAGAGGAAGAGAGAAAGGAAGCGCAGGAUGAGGUGUCAGCAAAGGAGAGGAUGGAGCUGGUGGAGGAGAGGAAGGCCAGCUGCCGCAAAGAGAGCACGAGCGAGAGCGAGGCCUGCCACUCCAACCCAGAGCAGUCGGAGCGGAGGGCGAGAAACGUGCGCUCCAUUCAAAAAGGAGGAAGCUUCUGUGGCUGCCACGAACCGAGGUCCUCUCAUCUGAGGAAGCCACACGCAGCCUCCAUGUGCAGCAGUGUCAGCCCCUAUCACGAGGUGAUGCGGAUGGAGAGGCGUCUUCGCUCCUCGUCUGAGGGGGCCGGCGGGCCUCGUAUCCAUGGAAACCAAAGAGAUGCCCCGGGCAUGGAGGGAUGUGGUCUGCUCAAACACAGAAACAACUCCUCAUCGUCCAAACUGGGAAGUCUGGACGUUUUAAACUACCUGGGUUCAUCAGAGCUUGAUGAAGAUGAUCUCAUGUUGGACCUGGACCUUUUUGACGAUCAGCGACAUCGACAUGUGUCCAGAGAAGACUCAAGCCAGUCCCUGGCCUCUUGUCUCAACCUGCUCCCCUCCCCCAUGGACCCAUCAGGAGACCGCAUCCCAGGGAGAGAAAACAAUCAGAGGGAGCCCAGCCGGCCCACCAGCCUGCUGCCUGCCGACUGGAGCUCAGGGCUGGCUUUGGGGAGGGAGGACGAGCCCUUGCCGCCGGGGCUGGAGACCCUUCCGCUCCGGCUGAUGCAGCAGGACUGCACCGCUGUCAAGACCCUGCUCUUAAGACUGAGACGGACACUGCAGGAGAGCACAGAGACGAGUCCUGCCAGCAGCCUCCAGUCGCUACCCAUCAGCCCCUGCAGUGAAAAAUCCCUUCCAUUUAAGGAUCCUGGCAGAGAGGAGGCGUUGCUGCAGCAGCUGAGAGAGAAGGAUGACCUGAUUCUCCGACUCCUCAAUGAACUGGAGAGUGCCAAAGCGGCCCAGAAGAUGAAAGACUGCCAAAUGACCGACCGCACAACACAGACAGAACACAUUGGGCCAGAGACCAGUCAUCCAGGCCGGUGGUCCGGACCAGGCAGCAGCAUGCUGGCUUCAAGGGACCGAAGGUCAGUGCGGGGAGUGGGGGCAGCACUCGGAGGGGACCCCUGUAACCAGCACCUCCCCCCCCACCACCCCGCUCUGCACGGCCGCCCUCCUGCCUCUGACCGGCACGCUGCCAGGGAGGAGCGCCACUGCCAGGGCGUCCUGGCACAUUCCACGGCUCCUAAACCGACUCCCAAUCUGGCUCCGGCCCCCUCCAACUUGUCCUGUGCCGCGUCGGCCUCACUGGCUCCUCCCACCCAGCUUCCAGUCUCACACCUGGGCCACGGUCCAAACCCAUGGCCGGGCUCCGGGAAACACAACGCAAUUCCAUCUCUGUCCUCCAGGUGGCCUGAAGGGGCGUCCUCCUCUUCUGAGUCCUUAACUCUAGGAGGAGGAGGUGGAGUGAGUCUGUCAUGUGGGCCGAGGAGAGGAGGAGGAGGAGGAGGAGGAGGAGGAGGAGGAGUAGAGCACCAUCCCCCGAGCCAUAUCCCUCGCGUGGUCGGGGCCAGCGCCUCGUCGAGCCUCCACAGUCUUGCGAGCCGAGGGAGCCCCUCGCCGAGCAUCUCAUCGCCCCUCCACACCUCCCCUCCUCCGCCUCCGACUCCUUCCCCGGCGUCCUCUUCCUCCUCCUCCUCCUCUUCCUCCAUGUUUACAGGCCGUUUGGGGCAACCGCCCCGAGGCCCUCUGUCUCUGCAUAGCUACAGUCGUAAGAACGUCUUCCUGCAGCAUUCCCUCCAGACUGCCGAGCUGCAGGCGCUGACGCAGAGAGACGGCUGAGGGCCGCAGACGUCCGCGCCGUCCGCGCCGACUCGAGCUCUAUCUUCAAAGUGCCGCUCCGUCGGCACACGCUGCUCGCGUUCCUCCCGAAUCAUCGACCGCACGCGCUUACAAUCACGCUCGUCUCUCUUUACAAUCCAGCCCGACGCUUUGCUGACAUUUUGUUCAUAGUUUUGUUCAUUUUGACACACACACACACAGCUGUCUUUGAGCAUGAAAAAGGCACUCACCGGUACAUCAGAACUCCCACGUAGUGUCAUGCUGACAGUUUAGAUGUGCUUACUCCCACACACACACACACACACACACAGAGACUCACGGCCUCGUGUCCAUGCACACAUACCCAGAUCUUGUCACACACACACUUAAAUGCACGCUUAUCUGCCUCACAAUCUGCACAAAAGACUGUACGGUAAGGCAGAGAUGAGGUUUGUAUUUGUUUUGUGAUGUUUAGAAAAAAUAUAUAUAUAUAUUUAUUUGAUCAUCUUUAGAAGUUGAAACACGUGCCGCUUCAUGAAAUAUGGGAAUCAUUUGCGUGGUUCAGGAAAUAUCUUCCACAUUGCCAAAUCCCACAUGGGAUCAGCUCCUCGUUCCUUGAUGUCCACCAACAGAAGACAAAUGUUUAGAUGAACAUCCACAAUCACAACCCUUCUGCUGCAUGCUUUCUAGAAGUGGUGGAGAACACAGGUGAGCGUUUUGUACGGCAACGAAACGGGCAAGUUUACAGUCUUUUAAUAAGUUUUCAGUAUCAACCCUCAUCUCAGUGUUUCAAGAAGGGAAUCCAACAUGCCACAACCUCAAAGAAGCCUGAUGAUUGUUUCUGAGUGCUUGUGCUCACAUGAAUGAGACAUUACAAUGUUGGCGUAAUAGCGGACCACUGGUUUCCUAGAAAUACAAUGAUGCAUUGUACACAAGAAUCAAUGUGCAUCUGCAAUGUCAGACAUGCAGACAUGAAGAGUUUCAUUCUAAAAUAAGAUAUCUGCUGUUUCAAUAAUGUGACAAAGAGCUCCAAUUUAAUGGCCCCUGAGCGAACUUCAUCAAAACCCGAUACUGAGACCAACAGAACACGUUUUAGGAUUUGGCACAACCUGCAUGAUGUAAUCAUUCCAAAAUGAGGAUCUACGUUUCAGGUUUUGGAAUGAAACCCUUCAAAUCUUCUUCAGGGCUGGGUAUUGAUCAGGGCACGCGUGCUUUGCUAAAUGACUUAAUCAAUAACCAAUUGUUGUGAUUCAACGGGAAAACUGUUUGAAUUAAUAGCGUCGCAGAGAUUUGAUUCUGUCGAGGUUUUAAGCCACGGAACAUAAUAAUGCACAGAAAGUUUGUUGACUUGAUGAAAUAAUGACGUUCCCCCGAACCGACCCAUUUGGAAAGAGUCUGAGCGCCGAGGGUUCUCGGUGACGCGGUACGACUCAAAACUUUUGAUAGACUCACACACACCAUCACUGCCAUGACCUUCUGAGUCGGACCGCGUUAUUCACAAUGUGAUACGGUAAAAAAAAAACACACACAUAUUUUUGAAGAUCUGUGAACGACAUAACAUCCUCUUUAAUCUGCCACUGUUAAAUAUAUUUGCUCCGUUGAACUGUCGAACGGGAUUUCAGGUAAACAAAUAGUACGCCGUCGCCCGGGAGUUCACGGAGAACUGUUUUAGAUCUGGGAGAAGGCGUUGAUCGUGUGUGUCUCGAUGCG